AUGCAAAUGGUGCCGCACCAUCAUCUCGCACAUAAUCUUUGGGAAAAAGAGACUCUAUCUUCAAAACUUCCAGUCUUGUGCAGAAUGGACAUGAGUCAACAGCGUAAUCCAUCGGGAACUCGCUACAACUCCAAGUCAGAUAUGCCAGAAGACCAGGAGAAACAGAUGAGCUCCAUGAGAGAGAGGCAACAUCCAGACAACAUGUUCCUGGAAGAGCCGAAUGAAUAUGUUCCUUCACGACGAGCUUCUGAAGUGGAGAAAGUGUUUCCUCUGAAGCCAGUCCUCCACAAGAGAGCGUACAGCCUGAGCAAUGUCACAAAUUCUGAAUAUCGAGAGCGAUUUUACACAUGUUUGCCCAGACUGAAUGUUAGACAACAAGAGAAGUUUGUAAGGAAACCAGACGCUUUUAAUUCAACAUAUCAUCAAACAUCAACAAGGAGAACUGAUUUAAAAAAUGAGCACCAGGAACCGAGAAUUUCUGAGAAACGCGUGGGGUUGUCCAAAGAAAUCCACUCAAAGGAAAUGAUGCUGCAACAGAAGAUUUUCAAAGCGGAAGAGACUGUGAGGAGACUCCAGAGAGAGCGGUCAAGCCGUCAGGACAGUGCAAUGGGAGACGAAAGAAAUACAAGAUAUUUAGAGAAGGAGGCAAACAAAUGUUAUAGUGACGGAUAUGGUGACUGGGAGGAGAAAUCAGUGGAGCAGGAUAGAUAUGGGAAUAAAAAGAGGGAAAUCAGAGAUGAUAUGGAAAGAUGGGCGAAAUGGGAGCGAGAGAAUGGUGGCCAGGCGGAGAGCAGAGGCAGGAGACGACCUCUGCCCUCCUCAGAGAUGGCCAAUCUGAAGAUGGUCAGCGAGAGAGCAAUGGGAUGGGAUACACGGGACAAGAGGGAUUGGAGGAAUGUGGAAGAAGUAAAGGAGACAUAUGACAGAAGACGGGACAUGCAGGACCUGUGGAACGUGAGGAAACCAGCUUCAUACAACUCAAGGAGACUGGACAGACCUCACCUCGAGCAAGAGCAUUUCACAAAUGAGCUCAAAGGUGAGAGGAGGGAAAAUAAAGAGGGUUUGUAUCAAACUCCAUCAAAAGAUGCCACUGGAAGCAGAAGGAAGAGUGCCAUCCCAGAAAGAAAGCCGAGCCAAAGAGAAAGAAACAGACUUCAGCAGGUAGAACUCAGUCUGGACGAGAGCCAAGAUGCUCCUCACCAUCUUGUCAUGUGUGGUGUGUGCCAGCGACACUUCUCACGAGACAGAUUGGAGACACACAUGAGGGUGUGUGAGAGAAAACGCCCUCAACGCAAGAUCUUUGACAUGUCACAGCACAGAGCGAAAGGAACAGAGUUGGAGAAGUUCAUGAAGACCAACAGAAGGAGCAAGAGCCCAGAACUGAAGAAGAAUAACUGGCGUCAGAAACAUGAGGCCUUCAUUCAGACCAUGCGGCAGGGUCGAGGUGAAGAGCCACAGUCCGUUUCAGUCCUGAACUCUGAAUAUGUGACCUGCCCACACUGCGGCCGGAGGUUUGCUCCAGGACCGGCAGAGAGGCACAUCCCAAUGUGCCAGAACAUCAGGAGCAGACCGCCACCACCCAAACAACUGCCCAUCACCACCAGGAGAAAAAUGACUCACUGA